AUGGGGCACCGAAUUGUGGACUGUCCUGAACCCAAGAAACAAGGGGAAGUAUCAAAUUCUGCUGCCGUCCAGAAUAAACCAAAGGAGAAUAAGCCCAAUGCUCGGGUGUUCGCUAUGACUCAAGAAGAUGUGGACAAUGCAAGCGAUAUGGUGGCAGGUACCAUUCUAAUCAACAAAAUGACUGCCUAUGUAUUGUUUGACUGUGGUGCCACUCAUUCUUAUAUAUCUAAAAGAUUCACUAUGAAGUUAGGACUUAGAGCUGAAAUACUUAGUGAACCAUAUAGAGUAGCUACGCCCACUAAUAAGGCUAUCGAAACUCAUAAGUUGCAUCGAAGCUAUCAUGUAAGUAUUGGUAAUCAUAUAUUCAAAGUUGAUCUGAUUCAACUAAACAUGAUUGAGUUUGAUGCCAUUCUUGGAAUGGAUUGGUUGGCCAAGAACCACGCAUUAGUGGAUUGUCACAGGAAGAGUGUCAAACUUCGGACUUCAAGCCAAGAAGAAAUCAUCUACCAUGGCAAGGCCAAGGAAAAGAGAUUGCUCCUGUCUGCAUCUCAGACUUGGAAAGCCAUGAGGAGUGGUGAUGGAAUCUAUCUAGCUAUGAUAAGUGAGGUGGAAGAGAAGAUUGAGGCCAAACUAGAAGAAUUUCAGUCGUUCAAGACUUCCUAG